UCCAGGUGCUAUGCUGUUGGUCCCGCAAAUUCACGAAUCUAUGCGCUGCAAGUCAGGAUAUCGUCAAUUGCUACUGUUGUCAGAAUCCCACGAGCGAGACAGACGCCCGCGCAGUCAAGGCAGACACCCGCGCGACCGAGAAAUAACUCCGCGUGAGCAAGACGAGGAGUAUGAGCAGCGCAGGGUCAGCAGACCGACGCUUAGCUAUCAGCGCCACACUAGACCACCGACAACCUCCGUCAUCGUGCAUCUCCCACGCAAACGCCGAUUGAAGCAGGAGAUGGAUUCAAUGGCAGUGAAUCCCGCGUACGUGCUUGUAUCCUGUACGAGGAAGCUCUGGACUUAUUGAGCGGUCUCGCACGGACUACAGCACGAAGGCGUCGAUCCCGCGUCUGUAUAGAGGUCGGUUCGUGUCCGAAGAGAUCAUCGAUACAUCACUGGCAGGUAGCCACACAUAACAGAAGGCAGUUGAAGGGAGUACCACCUGCGCUUCGCAGACCUCGUAGCAGCCUCGUAAGUCACGCCGCUCCACCUGCGAGGCCUUGACACACGCAAGAGCUAGUGAUACCUAGUUGCACAACUAGUCAUAGUCGGUAUGGUGUUUCUUCUGGUAAUGUGGCUGUCUUUUGACCUAUCCUCUUGCAGUACAUGACCACGUCGAAUCCAGCGCUGGAGCUGAGGAGCGUGAGCGCAGGACAAGUUAUAUACUUGCUGAACGAGCUUCAGUGCUUCCACCGCGUCGUGAGAGAUCGACAUCAAGCCCGGCUUCGAGAAUCCCGCGCAGAAUAGAGUAGACACGUUGCGAACACGCGCCUUCAGGCCG